AUGACCCUCCGCCGCUACGCGCGCCUAUACGGCGUGCUCGCUCUCCUUCGAAUCCUCAUCGCUUUCACCUCGACAUCCGCGAUCCACCCCGACGAGCACUUCCAAAACCCUGAGAUCGCGGCCAGCACGGUGUUUGAGUACAGCCGGCUGGACGGCAGGCUGCUACGAACAUGGGAAUGGGAGGGCCCGAAUCCGUGUCGAAGCAUCGUUCCAGUCUUGGGCUCGACAGGCUGGACGUUCGCGCUCUCGAAGCUGGCGAUGGGCGACAAGCCCACUGGCUACGCCCUCUUUCUCGCUCAAAGACUGGCCAUGCUGCUGUUCUCGUUCUUCAUAGACUACCUCCUCUGUUCGACAUCCAAAGGCUCCCCAAUCCCCUUUCUCAUGUUCGCCAGUUCGCCCGUCCUCUUCACCUUCCUUCUCCGCCCCUUCUCCAACUCGCUGGAGACGCUCCUUCUCGCUGCAGCGUUUUACCUCGCCCCUCGAGGCACGCAGCGGGUUCGUCCAUCUCGCCUCAUCGCAUUCGGCGUCGUCCUCGCACUUGGCGUCUUCACUCGCAUCACCUUCGUUGCAUUCGCUGCGCCGCUGAUUCUGGAUGUCGCUCAGCGACUUGCUUCUCAGCCUUCGCGCUCACCGCAAUCCCCGCUUCUCCGGCUGGCGAAACGAAGCAUUCCCAUCGUGCUCUCCUUCGCCAUCGCGUCGCUCGCAUGCGCAAUCACCGACACCGUCUACUUCUCUCGGACCGAGUCUGCCCCGCUCUCCCGCCUGAUCCUCACCCCGCUCAACCUUCUGCGGUAUAACCUCUCCGCCGCAAAUCUCGCCGAGCACGGCCUGCAUCCUCGUUACAUGCAUGUCCUAGUCAAUUGGCCGAUGCUUUUUGGCGCCGCCCUGGCGGUUGUUCCGACUGCCGCCGCGAGUUUGCCACGGGCGAAAGAUACGGAUUCGCGACGGGCGAAAGACACGGAUUCGAAGCCAGAGGACCGACGCCGCAUGAUACUCUACCUCGCCUCCUUUCUCGUUCCGACAUUCCUCCUCUCGCUCCAGCCGCACCAAGAACCUCGCUUCCUCGUCCCGCUCAUCUUUCCGCUCGCGCUCCUCGCACCGUUUUCGUCGCUCUUCCGCUCGGGCACUAAGCGGGCGCGCAAGUGGCGCAAAGCAUUCUGGGCGCUUUGGCUCGUCCACUCGACAAUCUUCACCAUUCUCUUCGGCUACCUGCACCAAGGAGGUCUUUUGCCAGCCUUGUUUGCCUUGAACGGCCAGCUGGGCGAUCCGUCGACCGCACUUGGCGCGUCGAAAGUGGUCGACAUCGUCUUCUGGCGAACAUUCAUGCCGCCGCGACACCUCCUCUUGCCUAUAGUCGAUGGGGGUUCAAUCGUCCCGGCAGUCAGGGUGGCCGACCUGGCCGGCGCGUCGUUCGACAUAUUCGUCUCGACCCUGCUCGACAAGACUCAGCAGCAGAACAGCUUCACCGAAGCCUCCCACACCGCACUCCUCGUCGCGCCAGCCUACACCGUCCACUCGCUCGACCUCCUCUGUUCCGUCCGCCCGGCAUCCGCCAAGCCUGACGACUUCUGUCUCGAGCCCCCGCUGGUCGACAAUGACGGAGAGGAGCGGACGUUUGGCGUGCACGUCGAUAUGGACAGGCUGGGGGAGUUGCGGCACGCGACUUGGCGUACUGCUGGAGUUGGCGUGUGGGUUGUGCGGCGGCGGGUGACCCCUCCAUUGGGUGCGUAG